UGUCUCUCUCUCUGUCAAAUAAAUAAAUAAAAUCUUUAAAAAAAAAAUAGAAACCUUAAGGGAAUGAAUGGAAACAGAAAGUGUUGGUCAGGGAUUAGAUGGUUAAUUUGGGAUUACAGCAGAGGGGUAGUUACUGGUAAUGGCAAAGUCCAGGUUAUGACCAUGGGGGUGCUAUUUCCUGGUCAAUAGCCUUAGAAAAAUCUAUAACCUCUCCAAGCCUUAAUUUUCUCCUCUGAAAAGUGGGGAUAUUACCUAUUUUACAAAGUUGACAUGAGGAUUAAAUGAUAAUGUAAACGUAAAAAUACAUGGCAUAGUGUUAACAUGGGAUAGAUUCUUGAAAGAAUUUCCUUCCUUUCUUUGAUAAUUUUGAACCUCAUUUCCUGACCUGAGCAGAAUAGCAAAAUAACAGAUGCUUAGCACCUUAUGCUUCAAAAUCAUAUAUGAAGCCUAGUGAACUUUUAGGAACAUUUUAAAAUCACUCUAUACCCAUCAUUAUUUUUCCUUAGUUGGAAUGAAAAACACUGUACCAUUGCAGCUAUCACUAUUAUGUUAAGAAGCACUUAUAUUUCUAUUACAGUUCUGCUUCUGUUACUAUUUAUUCAUUUAAAAGAAUCUGUGCCAAGGGUUUUCACAUCAUUUGCAUUUACUGUCAGAAUAGCCCUGUGAGGUACGUGGUGCUGGUAUUUUUGUUAUUUUCUCCUUUUGCCAGUAGAGGAAAUGAAAGUAUAGUGAAGUAUCCUACAUAUGAUUAUUGGGUUGAACUAGAACUUGAGCCCGGGUCUUCUGAGUAACUGGUAACUGAAUUCUGUUCUUUUUGUGGUGUGUCAUUAUUGGGGACAUGUUUGCCUGCUGUAGAUCUGCUAAUCUCUAAAGAUCUCUUUUUAACCUCUAUAAGGAAAGGAUUUUUCUUUUUAUUGUAUAAUCCUUAUAAUUUUAUAUCCAUUCAUUUUUUCAUGCAACACAUACUUACUGUAACCUUUCUAAAUGUUAGGCCGUGGGCUUAGGCCCUAGGAUAGUGAGAAAGACAUGUAUCCUUACCUUCAGGAAAUUUUCACUAUAAUGAGAAGGACAGACAUUAACUAAUAAUUACAUAAAAAUAUGUAUACUUGAAAAAUGCUGGAGCCAUGUGAAUGAGUACCAGCGAUGGACUUGAUUGAGUCUGUGGGUUGGGUUGGUGGUGAUCAUGAAAGACUUCUCUAAGGAAGUUACAAUUAAGCUGAGACUUGAAGGAUGAACAGCAGUCAACCAGGCAAAGAGGUAAAGGGAAGAAGGUGCUACCUAAGGGGAGAGCCUCGAUGAGGGAAUCCUUCCUUCUUCCUGUCCUUCUUACCCUCCUUCCUUCCUAUCACAAUUCAUAGAGGUUCUUUUUUAUUUUCAUUAUGAUUUAAAAAUGUAUUUUAAAUGUAAAUUAAUAGUUACAAAGCAUAGUAUUAAAUUUUUCUCUCUGCAUUUUCUGAGAAAAUCAGUUAUUUGGACUGCUUAGGAGGGCCUGUGGUGAGUUUACCUCCCAGGUUCCAUCAGUUGUCAUGCAGCGAGGCCAUGGAGGACAUUAAUUUUGCUGUUCUUUUUUUUUUUUUCCAGCAUUAAUGAAAAAUAAUGGACAGACAUCACUCUGAGCAUGUAUCCUGUUUGGAAAUCUUUUCUUGAGGGAACAAUGCAGGUAGCCCAGUCUCGGAUCAAUAUAUGCGAAAACUAUAAAAACUUCAUUUCUGAGCCCGCAAGGACAGUGAGAAGCUUAAAAGAACAGCAACUAAAAAGGUGUGUGGACCAGUUGACAAAGAUCCAAACUGAAUUACAAGAGACAGUGAAAGAUUUAGCUAAAGGCAAAAAGAAGUACUUUGAGACUGAACAGAUGGCUCAUGCAGUACGAGAGAAAGCUGACAUCGAAGCAAAAUCUAAACUUAGUCUUUUUCAAUCAAGAAUCAGUUUACAGAAAGCAAGUGUAAAGUUAAAAGCCCGGCGAUCUGAAUGUAAUUCUAAAGCUACCCACGCAAGGAAUGAUUAUCUUCUUACAUUAGCAGCAGCAAAUGCACACCAGGAUCGCUACUAUCAAACAGAUUUAGUUAACAUUAUGAAGGCUCUUGAUGGAAAUGUGUAUGAUCACCUGAAGGAUUAUUUAAUAGCCUUCAGCCGGACUGAGCUAGAGACAUGCCAAGCUGUGCAGAACACAUUCCAGUUUUUAUUAGAAACCUCCAGCAAGGUGGUACGGGACUAUAAUCUUCAGCUGUUUUUACAAGAGAAUGCUGUAUUUCACAAACCCCAGCCCUUCCAGUUCCAGCCCUGUGACAGUGAUACUAGUUUAAAAGCUGCCCAACUGGUGGAUAUUGAGCUCUCCCCUGUCAGUGCUCUGAGAAUGACCAUAGCUGAGAGCCGACAAUUAGAAUCAGAAACUGGGACCACAGAGGAGCACAGUCUAAACAAGGAGGCUCGAAAAUGGGCCACACGUGUGGCACGUGAGCACAAAAAUAUUGUUCACCAGCAACGGGUUCUAGAUGAUCUGGAAUGUCACGGAGUUGCAGUGUCAGAACAAAGCCGAGCAGAGCUGGAACAGAAAAUAGAUGAAGCUAGAGAAAAUAUUCGUAAAGCAGAGAUAAUUAAGUUGAAAGCUGAAGCCCGGCUGGACCUGCUAAAGCAGAUCGGUGUUUCUGUGGACACAUGGCUGAAGAGCGCAAUGAAUCAAGUAAUGGAAGAACUGGAAAAUGAACGAUGGGCUCGCCUUCCUGCAGCGACCAAUAACGGCACUUUACACUCGCUUAAUGCAGAUCCUGAAAGAGAAGAAGGAGAAGAGUUUGAAGACAAUAUGGAUGUUUUUGAUGACAGCAGUUCCAGCCCUUCUGGCACAUUAAGAAAUUAUCCACUCACCUGCAAAGUGGUUUAUUCCUACAAGGCUUCUCAACCAGAUGAGUUGACCAUUGAGGAGCAUGAGGUGUUAGAAGUGAUUGAAGAUGGAGAUAUGGAAGACUGGGUAAAGGCUCGAAAUAAAGUUGGCCAAGUGGGUUAUGUGCCAGAAAAGUACCUACAGUUUCCCACCUCGAACAGUCUACUGAGCAUGCUGCAGUCCUUGGCUGCUUUGGACAGUCGGUCACACACAUCCAGCAAUUCCACGGAGGCCGAGCUCGUUUCAGGCAGCCUCAACGGAGAUGCCAGUGUCUGUUUCGUGAAAGCACUUUAUGACUAUGAGGGCCAGACAGGUGAUGAAUUAUCCUUUCCUGAGGGAGCAAUCAUCCGAAUCUUGAACAAAGAAAACCAGGAUGACGAUGGCUUCUGGGAAGGGGAAUUCAGCGGGCGGAUUGGAGUUUUCCCAUCGGUGCUAGUGGAAGAACUUUCAGCCUCAGAAAAUGGUGACACUCCUCGGAUGAGAGACAUGCAGAUCUCUCCUUCCCCCAAGCCGCCGGGCUCCCUGCCUCCACUGCCGCUGUAUGACCAGCCUCCCAGCAGCCCUUACCCCAGCCCAGAUAAGAGGAGCUCCCAGUACUUCCCACGCUCUCCCUCAGCAAAUGAAAACAGCUUCCUUGCCGAAUCGCCCGGAUUCUCGCAGGCGCCCAGGCAUACUCCUGAGACCUCCUACGGCAAACUGCGACCCGUCCGGGCAGCUCCCCCUCCACCCACACAGAACCAGCGAAGGCCGGCAGAGAAGACGGAGGAUGUAGAAAUCACACUGGUGUGAUGAUGGGUUUGCCCAUCCGUUACCGCUACAAUCAAGGCCGGGCUCGGGGUUUGGCCACUCUUGUUCUUUAGGCACCUUUGCAUGAUGAUGACUCUUGAACAGAGCAGAAACAAGGAGGAUUAUGUGACUGGGUGGCCUGGUGGACUCCUCCCACAUUUUGAAUAUUUUGUGCCUUUUUUUGUUGUCAUUUUCUAUGUCAUCUCUCCUACCAUAGCACAAAUCCUGGUGGGCCCUAGAAGCAGAGGGGGACAGCCCUCAUGCCUAUCAGUGGUCCAUUUUUAUAUGAGACUCAAGACCAGGCCUCAUUCAGGGCACAGUCACAGAGAAACUGAUCACGUGCACUCGUACAGUAUAUUACUGUGGCCACAAGGGUGUGGCAAAGAUCCUCGUCUUUCUUCAGGUGGCUUUUGCUCGUCUGAUUGAGCUUCAUCAGAUCAUGUUGGCUACAUAAGGAACUAGAAGGAGGGAUUUCAGGAGAGGCUGGCUCCUCCCCGCAAUUAGUCCCCAGACUGAGAAAGUGAAAUCUUAUUGGAAAAAAGUAGACUGCCCUGAGUUUAUCGCCAAUUGCAUUAAUGCACAUCUCUUCCACAACUAACAGAUUUAAAACAGUAACAGUGUCCUUUGUAUUAAUAUUUACGCCAUUCAUUUAGUGUUAGUGGAGCUAAUAUGGAGGGGCUGAACGAAUAGCCAGAUCUCGUCCAUCACAUAGACUAACAGGAAGGAGGCUGCGGCUGGCGCAGAAAUGGAGCUUCCAGAUCUGAAACGAGCCGAUUUAAUGUUCUUUUUGUAUUUGGGUAUUUUUCAUCUUAAUUAUUGCAGCAUAUAUUCUUCUGACCAGUAUCUUUAGAAUCUGAAUGUCUAGAUAAAUUGGGGACACACACUUGCCUUGUUGAGCUUCUCUCCCGGGGAGGCCCCUCGCGUUGGUUUAUUCCCAAGCCGGUGCGCAAGCCCGGCCAGCCAGCCGGGGGCUGCUCCAGACCGGCGGCCAACCUCCUGCAGAAGGUACAGCUUCCCAGGCCCCCCUGACCUGACCUUUCCAUGGGAGGAGGAACCUGUGGGUCAUGGAGGAAACCGCCUUCCUAUGAAAAAGGACUGAAGGAUUGCAUGGCGCGCACAAGUGCAAACUGACAAGGGAAAGACAAGUUCUCCGUGUCACAGGGAGAGCCCACGGUAGCGUUCUGCACAGGCCAGCGAGCUCACGGCUGCAGGGGCCCAGAGGCGGCCUCUGUCGGCGCUCCACCUCCUGUGGAAGAUCGGGAGUGCCGAACCUACGGACAAGGGGAUGUUGCCGCUUGCUUUUUUUUUUUUUUUUAAGAAAACAAAUUUGCAGAAUUCAAUCUAAAAGUUGUAUUAUGCUUUGAAAACUCCAUCCCUCCUAAGAAUCUUUAAAAACUUGAAAUGCUUGCCAAAUGUCCCCAUGGGAUUUUUGACCAAAAGUCAGGUUAUAGCUGAAGAAAUCUUCAGUUAGUCGUUUGAUCACUUCAGUGACAAUACCCAGCGACGAGUCUUCUCUGUGAUUUGGGGGUUUUGUUUUGUUUUUUGCAUUUCUUAACCUGUUGAUCUAUUUGAGGUCUUUUUGUGUUUAUCAAACUUAUUCUUAAGUUUAAAAAAGAAAUUAAAAGGGUGGCUUUUUUAAGAUUUUAAAGUUCUCUGACAUGUUAAAAAUCUUCAACAAUCUUCCAAGUGCUUAAAUCAGGCAGUUUUCGCUACCCAGUUUUGUCUUCUCUCUUUAGCUAGCCAAAUUGUCCUUGAAUCUGGAUUUUCCACAUUCUCAGAGAGUUAUUUGAAAUCUUUUGUUAUAUUUUAAAAUAUUUUUUGGAAGAGCUGCUAAUUUUAUUUAAAAAAAAAAACACAAAAGUUGUAAAAAUAUGCCUCCUUUUUAAAAAGAACCUCUCCCUCCAGGACAUGUAAUCCAGCAUCACAGUGCACAGGGCCGGGCUCGGAGGGAGUGCCUCUGUGCAGAUGCGCUUUCUUUACAGUGGCUGUAAAAAGUUUGUAUUUAUUAUGUAUAAAAUGUUGAAUAAUAAAAAAAAAUGGAAUUACA